GGCAUGUCUGCCAGAAUACUACUCCUCAUUCGAUCUUAAUGAUUCCAAACUUGUGAAAUCCAUAUCUACCAUGAUAGCCUAUCGGUUCAUCCGAUCACCGCGUCGGCCUGCUGAGUUAGUACGCAACAGUAGUCAAGACAGUCAAACUAGCGCCAGAUGUCUGUUCAAAUUCGUUUUUGAAACUGUUCGAAAGAAAGUAGAUGUGGAAUCAACAGAAUCCGGAAAUGGGAGGUCUUUGGACUUACACAAACGUCACUCUGAAAGAUUUGUAUAUGAAGUUCUGCGGUCCGCAUUCAAGAUGCAUCUCUUCAGUAUUGUCUACAGUAGAUCUCCCUUUCAUAAUAUAUCUGCAAGCUGGGCUCUUUUGCAUUCUUUCAUCUCAAACGCUAGGAUUUAUCCCGUUCAUAUAUAUCUAUCAUGUUCAGCUUACCAGCCAUCCUGGCUGGUCUUGCAACAGUCCUCUUCACUUUCGCCAUACCUCUCAUCAUUCCCCCAGGUACAUCUGGAGCACCCCUUACCAUCAGUGAACAUGGGCACAGUAUACCUCUACGAGGAGAAUCUGACAUUCACCAAGCCAUGAGAGGCGAAAGCUCAUGUACAGCAGAGCAUGCCGGACCAAGAAGCAAGGGCUCGAACGUUGGAGAAGGCCAAGGACAAGUAGCAGCUUCGACCAAUGCGAAGGUGGUCUACUUCAUAAGCAAUGGCGUCAAGAACUCGAUCGUUGCUCUGAAAGUAGCAGGGGAUGGAACUCUGUCACAAGGGUCUGUUACCUUGACUGGUGGUGCCGGGAUGAGCGGAGUAGACGACAAAGGAACUGUCGCAGGUCCAGAUUCCCUCUUCAGUCAAGGAGCAGUUAAAGUAGCAGGGAGCCACAUCGUAGCCGUCAACCCAGGCUCUAAUACUCUUUCCAUGUUCUCGAUCUCCCCGACUGAUCCAACGGUUCUUACAAUGGUUGGUCAAGCAGCUGAUACUAUGGGAGAGUUUCCGGUGAGCGUUGCCGUCUCCACGUCCCUCUCACAGGCAUGUGUUGCAAGCUCCGGAGCAAAGGCAGGAAUAGCUUGCUUCUACAUGUGCCCCUACAACGGCCUCAUGCCACUCGACACUGCUCUCCGUCCUUUUGACUUAAACCAAAGUACACCGCCAGUUGGACCUUUUAAUACAGUCUCCCAGACUUUCUUCAACAGGGACUCCACAAUGCUCAUCACUACCGUCAAGGGAAACCCCAUGACGAACAAUACUGGUUUUCUUUCCGUCUUUCCAGUGGUGAAUAGCAUCGUAUCACAAACUGAAACGCGGUCCUCACCAGCCGGCACUGGAGUUCUCUUCGGUGCUGCUCUCCUACCAAACUCAUCAGACAUCUUCGUCACAGAUGCGUCAUUUGGCAGUGCAAGGCUAUCCCUAUCUUCUGUAAACACUGCAAGGACGGUAUUCUUAACCAAAAUUGCUGAUCAGAAAGCUACUUGUUGGGCUGCCUUUUCCGCACUUACCGGCACAGCUUUUGUUACCGAUGUCGCCGUCAAUCAUCUCGUUGAAAUUGAUCCUACCUCGGGGAGUAUUGUCAAGAACCUGGCGUCGACAAAUGGAAACCCUGGAUUGAUAGAUGUGGUGAGCGCUGGAAAGUUCAUCUAUGCUUUGAGUCCAGGAAAUGCGACUGUUGGUGCUGCUGUAACGGUCUUUGAUGUGUCAGGAGGUAGUGGCAGUACUAAAGAGAUUCAGAAUUUUAGACUGAAUGGAGUGACGUCCAGUGUCAUGGGUAUGACUUUUGCUUAACGCUUGGAAAGUAAAGGUGUCCAUUAAAUCAUGAUCAAGGUCGGUGGUAAGUAUAAGCUGCAAGUUAAAAUGAGGAGAGAUCAAUUAUUAGAAUUCCAAUCGAAUAAGAUCAAACAUCUACUCAUGUAUCCCAACUUCCUGACAAGUUCGGCUUUUAGAGAAUGCGCCAACGGUAUGAACAUGAGUAAAGCAGAGGAACUGCAAAGUCAUGUGAACUCGAUGGUCAAUGCUUCAGUGAAUGGUCCGAAGCAUAUUCCACAACGAGUAUUUCCUUCUUGGAACACUUGUUAGGGCCUAAGAGAAGUGGGAACCUUUUCUUAAGCGUGACAAAUACGGUUCCUGGGCCAAAUGCGGAGGUGAAAAUGGGGAAAGACACAGCACGCUAUUUCAUGAACUCAUGAUCAUCCCAACCCCAAAGAAACCCGAGCAAACCCUGCAAAUCGA